AUGCCGACACAGCCGCCAAUCCACCGUAUUCCUCAUGGGUCAGUGGCCUCGCUCGAAUGUCAAGAAGGGCCUACUGAAGAGGAAAUCAAAGAAAAGCCGUGGAAAUACAUCGGUUACAAAGGCUACACCAACUUCAUCUCCUCGGAUGAUGACUUCUUCCUACUUCGUAGAUUCGACUCACUGAAUGUUCGCGCAGCACUGGCACUCCAGGAUGAGCUGUCGUGGCUUGAGGAAGAGUUGGGAGCUUUAGACAAUGAGUUCAGUGCAAAAGCCGCGGAUGACUACAAUAACGGCACGCUGAGACAAGAUGUGCCAGAGCGAUUGGAUCUAGUCAGAAUAAUAUCGGCGAAGCUAAGGGAAUACAACGAGUUCUUGAUACAACAACACACACUCCGGAAGUUGUCCACAGCACCACGACGAGACGUGAAAAGUCUUCGUAACUGGCAUCACAACCAUGACUAUGGGGCUAUUUCAGAGGAUGAGCAGAGGUAUUUGAGUCAUGAGAAGGACCUCGUAGCGGUGGCAGCAAGAGAGAAGACCCCAUUACGUCAAGUUAUUGAUGGAUCCCUCCGUCUACGAACGCUUAGUCUAUGGAGACACGGAGAAGAAAAGGUUGCGACUUACGAUAAGAAGGAAGUCACUUACUAUUCUGACAAACGGAUGGACAGCUUCGCCUCAGCCGUUAUCAUCGCCAUUGGAGUUCUGAUGCUUAUAACGCCCAUAUGGAUCCUCCAGGCCUUGGCGGACCUCAAGGCUAAACUUGCAGUCAUCACGGUCUUCAUCUUUGUCUUCCUCCUCGUUCUUUCCCUGGCCAUGGUGGCGAAACCUUUCGAAGCAUUGGGCGCAACUGCAGCGUAUGAUAAUGUCUGCCUCCCAAUACAAGUUCCAUGA